CAUCACUAGACUGUGCCAGAUUACAGCUGCUCCAUUAUGGCUUUCACCGGCAAAUACGAAGUUGCAAGUCAAGAAAACUAUGAUGAGUUUAUGAAGGUUCUGAAUUAUCCGGCUGACAUCAUCGAGAAGGGAAGGAACGCUAAAGUCAUUACAGAGGUUACCCAAAAUGGAAAUAAUUUUACCUGGAGCCAGAUCUAUCCUGGAGGAAAGACCAUGAAGAACACGUUUGUCAUUGGCCAGGAAUCAGAGAUGGAAACCAUGGAUGGCAAAAAAUUCAAGGCAACAGUCAAAAUGGAAGGAAAUACACUUAUUUGCGACUUUCCAAACUACCACCACACUUCAGCCAUCUCCGAUGGAAGUCUUGUUGAGACUUCUACAUGUGGUGGUGUGGUUUACAAGAGAAUUAGCAAGAAGAUUGCAUAAUACAACAAAACUUCAAUUACUCCUUGGGAUGAAAAAUGCAUCUCCAUUAUACAUUGUUUUACCUGUUUUUGAUUAAAAAUAUAUAAU